GACAGGACGGAUAAAACGAGGUUUUAUCUCAUGCAACGGCUAAUGAGAAAAAAAUACUACAUAUUUAAGUAAAAAAAUAAUAUAAAAAAAAAAGUUUCCAUGUCCUGAUAUAUUCUUUUGACCCAUCCUAUGCAUUCUGUUUAUCACAGAAAUUAUUCCGACUUCGACACUGCUGCCACUGUCUGUUGUGUCACCCAAAUCAAGCUCCCAGCCAAUGCUGCAGAAAAAGCUGUGAAGUCACUUCUCUGGAGAUAGAGAGUACUCUUCCUAGUGUUUCAAUUCUGCACCAUUCAUUUCACUUCACUCAAUGGCUCAACAACAGGAAGAAGGGUGGCCUUUGGGGCUGAGAUUAUCCAAUGCUAGAAUAGGGUUGUUAAGAAAUGGUGAAUUCUCUGGGUCAAUCUCCUUCAGCACUCUGCUCACUGAUUCUCCAACCCAUUAUUCAAUCGAUUCUUCCUCAGAUCUUGAUACACAGUCAACUGGGUCAUUCUUCCGUGAGAAGAGCAUCACACUUGGAAGCCUCCUUGGUGGUUCCAGCCUCCUACAACUCUCAAGGAGAUCAACCAGGGGAAGAGAGGUGGAACCCUCAAAGGACAACAAAAAGAACCACAAGCUGAUGAAGCCGUGGUUGUUUUCACUCUGUUCAAAGCUAACAACUGAUGCAGUGAUUGAGAAUGAUGCUCCCUCUCUUGGUCAGUACCUUAUGGCAGAGAGAAGAGCUGCAAGUGCUUACAGAAGGAACCAAUGUGCAUCCAUUUAUGGACCUAAUGAUUUCUCCCCAUUUCGAGAAUGGAAUUCUCUAUUUGUCGGUGGCCAAGUUGCUCCUAGUUCAUCAGCAAUGGCUAAAGACGGUGAAAGAGAGCCAAAUCAAACAUCGGAGCAAAGCAAUGGAUAUGGAACACCUGUAGUCUUCUCUUGUUUGUGCGGAUAAAUCAAUUAAUGAAGACCCUUUGUUACUCAUUUCUUUUACAUUAUAUCCAGAGGCCAUUGAGUUCCUUGGUUGUUACUUCAUAUCCUCAACUUUCCUCUCUUGUUUGCUCAUUAAGUUUCAAGUUUGGAAAUUCUAUUUUGCACUAUGUUCUAUACCAAA